AUGCUGGAAGAAAUGGUAAAAUUUGGCAGGAGGUGGGAGCUCAUCACGGUAGACGGUGUUUGCGUCAGCGUGACUGCCAAAAUUGGCCUGGGAAAGACGUACCGGAAAGAGAAGUCAAGGCUGUUUGAGAAAACACUCACAAAGCUGGAGUUUGUGAGGGAAGUGGAAGAAUUUGAGAGAAGUGUCUGUGGAGAUGUGAGUCUCUACAAUGAGUCCCUUGCGUUGGGACGACCAAAACAAGAGCGCAAGGAGUCAACCUGCAAUGAGGUUGCUGACUCCAUCGGCAAAGAGAAUUCAGCAUCGAAGAAGCGGCCAAAGUCUCUGACUCAUGGAGCAUCUGCAAAUAAAAUCAGAACUGUGGGCGGCUCAGACUUCAAUCAAAUUUUCUGUGUAUCACAGUGA